UAUUUAGUGGGAGAGUUCAGCGUGAAUUUUGUCUCGUGUCUUUUAAAUUGAAAUAUCAAUUUAUGUGUUUAGGUGUUGUGAUUGCGAAGUUAUUUCGUGCUAUAUUCAGAUCCUAAAAAUGAACUCUGCAUAACUGUGGGCACUGCUAGAGAUAAUUUGUAUAAGUUCCCUUCCUCUGUCCCUGUUAGCAUCCUUCUUUAUCAUCUGAAGACAAGGGGAUGCUGGCGGAGUUUCUGGUUCCUUGGAAACAUUUUCUGUAUUCAGAGUGGCUAUGAUGCUGUUGCUUAUCUCUUAUUUUUGAUUUUGAAGUUUUGAUGUGCAUAAAUGUGCUUCUUAGUAUGUAUGUGUAACAUCUGGAUAAACAAUAAAUAACAAUAAAUGAAUGUUUGUAUUACUAAGGAAACUUUAUUUGGUGAUAUCAACUGUUAGGUCCUAGAGAUUAAGUGAUAGAAAUGUCAGAGAAUUAUAUUUUAGGGUCAGAUGAAUGAAAAGAUUAAGAUAUGAUUUAAAUUUGGUUGGUAGAAUUAAAAUAUGAGAUAAAUUAGAUACUAAAGGAUAAAAAGAUUACAAUAUGAGAAACCCGCUAAAGGUGAGCCAUGGGAGACUUAAUAUAUAUAAGCAUGUAAGAUAAAGAAGAAAAAAAAAAUGGAAGAUAGGAAGGCAGAGAAGAGACACCCAUAGGUAUAGGAUCUAAGUAACCCUUGCAACCUUAGAUUUUCUGCUAUAAUUGAUUUAAAUGUUUGUUGAAAUUCAUGAAUGAAUGUGUUUAGGGUUCAAUUUAGAAUUGAAAUAAAGUUAUGCAUAAUUAGUGAUUCCAUAAGAGGAUUUUAAAAAUGUUCUCUUCUAACUUCUCUGGAAGCUGAAAUGCAUAAGUUGAUUUUACCUUGUCGGAGAAACUCAAUUCAUUUUACCUUAAUUCGUCUCUCCUUCUUAUUUUCUUCACUUAGAAGUGUUUACUGAGAAAUUUAUCUAAAUUUCAAUGGUUUUAUCUUGUUGUCUUAGAAUUUAACGUUUGAAGAGAUAGUGUCUUGCCCUCAAGAGCAGAAUAUAUAAUUUCUUAUAUGGAACUUAAAUAAUCAAAACACGAGAAAAAAUCUCUCUCUAAUUAGUCUUAUGUGGAAACUUGUAGAAUAUUAAGUGGUCGAACUGUAAAUUUAGUCUAGUAUUUUUAUGUUUCUUAUUUUACGUAUAAUCUCAGCUGUAUCUAGACUUACACGUAAGUCACGAUCUUCCACCAUAACAUAACUUUUCAAAGAACUACUUGUAUGUGAAUGAAAAUGUUUUUCAAUUUUGCCAUUUUACUAUGAAUUUAGACAUUAGAAUUAACUGAAUAUUUGUCGCUUUUGGUCCCAUUUAUCAUGCUCAAAUGUUCACCAUUUUUUGUCUUAUAGAAAUCUAUUCAAUGCUAUGUGUAUGAAUUGUUUACCCAGACUUUUAAUAGCAGUUUGAUCAUCAGAUCAAUUGCAUAAGAAACCUUUGGUUACAAUUGGUGAAUUAUCUAAUGGUUGGGAAUUCUUCUGCAGCUAGUAAUAGUGGAAGAAAGUCAGUAAUUUCAAUGUACUUGAGGAGAAUACAAUGCAGGAGAGAUCGAUUGUGGGCUUUGGUGUUGCAGCCAUCAAAAUACUUCUUUAGGCCAAGAUUCUCUGAUCAUCAAUACUUUCAAUCUUUGUCCCCAAAGACUGCUGUGGAAGAGUAUGGUUCACAUGGCAGGAUCAUCAGAGAACGUCUUUUAGGUUCAUAUUCAUGUAAACAUAGUUCUUCUACAAUUACUUUUGCUGCUCGGGACAAAAGGCCUAGUUUAUGUCAUAACAGUACUCAGUUACGUGCCUAUAGUUCUGAAAGUGAUGGAAGAAAUGCAAGUGAGGAUAAACAAGAACAUGUUAAUGAUGGAACCAACUUUGAUAACAGGCAGAAUCAACAAGAGAAGUUUGGGAAAGAGGUUGAGUACUGCAAUGCACAUGCACGACUUGGAGAACAGGAACAAGAGGAAUGGCUUAAUAAUCAGAGGCUAACUAUAGAAAAUAAAAGGAGAGAAUCACCAUUUUUGACAAGGAGGGAUAAGUUUAAAAAUGAGUUCAGAAGAAGAAUUAUUCCUUGGGAAAAAAUAAAUAUUUCCUGGGACACAUUUCCUUAUCAUAUUCAUGAAAAUACAAAAAAUCUUCUUGUGGAAUGUGCUGCUUCCCAUUUGAGACAUAAUAAGUGUGCUUCAACUUUUGGUACUCGGCUCUCAUCUUCAAGUGGGAGAAUAUUGCUUGAGAGCAUUCCUGGCACUGAGCUGUAUCGUGAGAGAUUGGUUAGAGCUCUUGCACAAGAUUUACAAGUUCCUCUUUUAGUGCUCGAUAAUAGCAUCCUUGCUCCUUAUGACAUUGAUGAUGAUUUAUCAUCGGUCUACGAGUCUGAUGAUGAUAAUGCAGAGUCUGGGAAGGAGGGUUCUCUCGAAUCAGAGAAUGAUGAUGAUAAUGAAGUCAGCAAUGAAGAAGAGUGGUUUAGCAGUACAGAGGCAAAGUCAGAUGCAAGAGACAAUGAAGAGGCUAGCAGUACAGAGAUUGUGGCUGGAGAAUCUGAGAGUUCCGAAUCCUCCAAGUCUAAUUCUAAUGAUACCAAAUCUUCUGAUAAGUCUGGAUGCCAGCUAAAGAAAGGUGACCGUGUGAGGUACACUGGGCCAUCUGUUCAAGUUACAGACGAGGAUAGACCUUUAACUAAUGGUCAGAGAGGAGAGGUAUAUGAGGUCAAUGGCGUUCGAGUUGCAGUCAUCUGGGAUAUUAAUGAAGACAAGGUCAACGAGGGUGAGGUGGAGAACCCCAGUGAUGAUCAUACCAAACCCCCGAUUUAUUGGAUUCAUGUUAAGGACAUUGAGAAUGAUCUUGAUGCUCAAUCACAGGAUUGCUACAUUGCUGUGGAGGCUUUGUGUGAGGUUUUGCGUAGAAAACAGCCUCUUAUUGUCUAUUUUCCUGACAGUUCACAUUGGUUACAUAAAUCAGUUCCUAAGUCAAACAAAAAUGAGUUUUUUCAUAAGGUUGAGGAGAUGUUUGACCAGUUAUCUGGUCCUAUAAUAUUGAUUUGUGGGCAAAAUAAAGUUCAGUCAGAAUCAAAUGAGAAAGAACAAUUUACAAUGAUACUACGAUACCUUGGACGUGUGGCUAAGUUGCCUCUUUCUCUGAAGCGUUGGGCUGAGCAAAUUAAAGGGGACAUGACAUCAGAAGAUGACGAAAUUAGCAAGUUCUUUUCUAAUGUUCUGAGUAUACAUCCAGCCGAGGAUGAGAAUCAGCUGACAACAUUCAAGAAACAACUUGAAGAAGAUAAAAAAAUCGUGACUUCACGUAGUAAUUUGAGUAUACUACGGAAGGUUCUCGAAGAACAUCAGCUAUCAUGCAUUGACCUUUUACAUUUAAAUACUGAUGGCAUCGUUUUGACAAAGCUCGAAGCAGAAAAAGUAGUAGGCUGGGCAAAAAAUCACUACUUGUCGUCAUGCUUGANUCCUUCUGUUAAAGGAGAAAGAUUGUNNCUACCUCGUGAAAGUCUUGAAAUUGCAGUCUCAAGAUUGACAAGCCAGGAAACAAUGUCACGGGAGUCUUCUCAGAGCCUCAAGAACCUUGCAAAGGAUGAGUAUGAGAGCAAUUUCAUUUCAUCUGUAGUACCUCCUGGUGAAAUAGGGGUGAAGUUUGAUGACGUAGGUGCUCUUGAAGAUGUGAAAAAGGCACUUCAUGAACUCGUAAUUCUUCCAAUGAGAAGGCCAGAGCUUUUCUCUCGAGGAAAUCUUUUACGGCCCUGUAAAGGAAUAUUACUUUUUGGUCCUCCUGGCACUGGUAAGACCCUUCUGGCGAAGGCACUUGCAACUGAAGCUGGUGCAAAUUUUAUUAACAUAACUUGUUCGACCCUUACUUCAAAGUGGUUUGGAGAAGAUGAAAAACUAACCAAAGCGCUUUUCUCAUUUGCCAGCAAACUUGCUCCUGUCAUUAUAUUUAUUGAUGAAGUUGACAGUUUGCUUGGUGCUAGAGGUGGUGCUUCUGAGCAUGAGGCCACCAGAAGAAUGAGGAAUGAAUUCAUGGCAGCCUGGGAUGGAUUGAGGUCAAAAGAACACCAACGAAUCCUUAUUCUUGGUGCAACAAACCGGCCAUUUGAUCUUGAUGAUGCUGUUAUUCGUCGUUUACCAAGAAGGAUAUAUGUUGAUUUACCCAAUGCUGAAAAUCGGUUGAAGAUUUUAAGCAUCUUUCUAGCACAAGAAAAUUUGGAUUCUGAAUUUCAGUUAGACAAACUUGCUAACUUGACUGAUGGAUACUCGGGAAGCGAUUUGAAGAACCUCUGCAUUGCUGCAGCGUAUAGACCUGUUCAAGAGCUCUUAGAGAAUGAAAAGAAGAAAGCCAGUAAUGAUGGUACAGCUUCAAUACUAAGACCUCUCAAUUUGGAUGAUUUUGUUCAGUCAAAAACCAAGGUGGGUCCAUCAGUUGCGCAUGAUGUAACAAGCAUGACUGAGUUGAGGAAGUGGAAUGAAAUGUUUGGAGAAGGUGGUAACAGGACAAAAUCACCAUUUGGAUUUGGGAGCUAAUUUUGACACUUUCAUCUCUAACAUAUCACCAAUGCUUUUGAGCAAAGCAUUAGAUAGAUUCAUCUUUUAUACUUUUCAAAGGGCCUCUGCAUUCCCAUCACUUGCCAAAUUAUUCAUACGGCUGUGUUUCAAGUUCUCCAUUUUGAGCUGACUUGAGUAUUCAGUUAAAUGCGUUGUAAUGAAAUGUAGGUAGCCUCUAAUUUUGUCUAGGGAAUGUGCAAUCUUAUGCUUAUCAACAGGUGUAAUUUCCCCAAUUAUAUAUAUUUAUUUUUUGGCAGUGUUUAUUUAUUAAUAA